GGGAGCGCGCCUCGUGGUGCUGAUGGAGCACAGCUCCAGCGAGUCGCGGGAGAAGAUGCAGAUGAAAGAAAGAUGCGACCGUCAACGAUGAUCCACCGCUCAACCAGGUCACCUGUCGGUCCGCCGCUUCUCCACCCCUGGAUGCGCCAGACAAUCAGCGGGCUCGUGCCUCGGAACCAGGCCGUGGACUCCAGCAGCAGAGGUGAUGCGCGACAGGAAGCCCGCGAGUGACCGAGUGUCUGUGUGUGCAGGUGAGAAGUCCAGCAGUGAUAAAGGCUGAGCCACAUGGAGGUCAAAGGUCAACUCAUUUCUGCUCCUGAGCCUCUCACCUGCUCAAGCAGGAAGCAGAGGGAGCGAAUGACGGAGCUGCAGGAGAGAAGGCGGAGCCUCCAGAUGCUGCUCAGCAUGCGAUUGGCUGAACUUCGACGCAUCUGUCUAAAAGAAGCGGAGCUCACCGGGACCAUGCCAAAUGAAUUUCCCUUGGAGGUGGGUGAGAAACCUCCGCGGGUCACUCGCAGAGUUGGGGCGUCCUGUCCAGGAAACAAGAAGUCCAGAGCUCAGCAGGAUGAGGGUCAGCGACCAAAACCAAAGAAGAGCUUGUUCAGCGGAGUGUUGAGGAAAUCAGGCGACCCUGAACACACGGCGAACGCCCACACACACCAGGGGAAGAAGACAGAGCAUCGCGGCUGCCACACAGGUGACACACACACAAGCAGGUCCCAGCUGGACACAAAUGAUGCCUCUUUUUCCCGGUCAGAUGAUUUCGGCUCUCAAGGCCACUCUCCAGGAACAGCAGGAUCUCCAGUGGAAGUCUUCUUCCACAACAAGCGUAGGAAUUCCCUCCUGAGGACCUCCCCUCCGGAGAACACAAGCCGCCCACUCACCCUGCCGCCCUCGCAGCCUCCACCUCCUCCCCCCCGCCGAACUCAGGACUCCUCCUCAUCCAACUCAGAUCCAGACCCAGCCAGAUGGACGGUGCCCGCUGGGGCCAGAGUCGCCACCGUCACAGGUGGGAGCCCCACUGUGACUGGCAAAGAGGGGGCGGAGCCAGUGCAGCGAGGAGGGGGUGCACGGGUAGUCAAAGGGACGGAGGGCGAGUCCGUGAUGGGCGGACGGGCGAGGGACUGCCACGGGGGUGGGGUUCAGCUGGACUUUUGGGCGAAGCGGCGGCAGCCAAUCACAAUGCAGCAGAAGCUUCUCUACAAUGGGUAUUCAGCCCAGCAGCCGGCAGGAGCUCCGGCCACCCACAGUCGACUCGGUGACCAGAGAAAGUCCACGGUGACUCGCACCCGGUCCUGUGGUCCUUUCCAGUCAGAAACCCACAGCCCUCCUUUGCUUGCCAUCCAGCCUGACCCACACCCCCAUCUCCUGCCUCCACGACCCCCCCAACCUCCCACUCUGGAGGCCUCCCCUGGAGACACCACCCGGACCUUACACAAGGCGCUGGCUCUGGAAGGUCUGAGGGACUGGUACCUGAGAAACACCAGCGGCUCCAGCAACUCGGCGGGCUCCGCCCACUCCAGCAGCGGCAGCUCUGCUCAUUACCGACAGUCCAACCCUCCGGUGGGAGCAGGUCACCACAGACCCAAACUGCCACACUCCUUCACCUUUCAUGGCAGGUUGGCGUGCAGCUCACUCAACCAGGACUCUUCACCUCACAAACAAAAAAUCCCUUCACUUGAUCCAGAACCUCUGUCACCCGGAACUCUGGUCUGACUCAGGUGUGCCCGGCUUCAAGCUCAGGACACCGCAACGCUGCUGUCGUGCUCUCGGCUUCGCUCAAGCGAAAGUGAAAAAAAAAAACAAUCAGGUGAAGCGACAAUCAGCUGCUGGAAUCUUUGCUUUUCCUCGGAGCACCGUCUCGAUGAAGUGUCUUCAUUGGCUGUUUUUGUGUCGUGUCCCGUAUGAACCACAGAUGAAUGUCUCACGGAGAGUUCAGGGAGUUUGCUUUGUAAAAAAAAUGCGACAUGGAUCACCACCCGUUCACGCUUGUCAACCCUCUUUGAUAUUUUCUCACGCUGACGUGCAGGUGUCAUGUGACUGCCAGGUGAUAAUCCCAGCAUGCUUUUGUACCUAAACCUACCAGCUGUUUUUUAUUCCGAGGAUUUGUUCUGCGAGGAUGCCUUCUCAGCAGCUCCUAUGGAAUCAGUUCUGGAGUGGAUUCUUGCCUUGACUGAACUGGAUUCAAAAGCGCAGUUGAGGAAGUGCAUCCUUGAAAGUAAGCUGUCCACGCGUCUAGAGAAUCAGGCACUGUCCAACAUGAAGAAAAAAAGAUGUCAAAGUCCAGAAGGACCAAUCAGGAUGACUGUAACAUCAUGUCUAACGUGAUGAAUUCAGGUGAAGUCUGUAUAUUUUAUAUCCCGGGGAAAUCUGUAAAAUACUUUUUGUACAUUUUUGGAAACUUUUUUACUUUUUUUCCACAUUAAUGUCUGUUUCAAUAAAGACUUUUGCUUCCUGGA